AUGAUGCGGGAGAUGUUUUUGGACAAUAUGAAGAACACGCAGUGGUUUCAGUCGACGAUAUCGAGGUUCUCAAAGGACUACGAGGUGGUGUGUCCGAACAGCUGGUGCGGAUGUACGUAUAGUUGCAUGCUGAAAGACCUGGAGCUGCAUCUAGGGAAAUGUGCGUACCGACAGGUGCCGGAUAGUCUGGAUCAAGUGGUGGAAGAUAGCGCGAGAGAUCUGUACUCGUACGAUGUCGUGUGUCCGAAUGCGAUGCUAGGGUGCAGGGAGAUUUGUUCACGCGAGAAUCUGGUACAACACCUAGCGAGUUGUUCUGUGAAUGGUAUCUCACGGGAGAAAGAGUGGGAAGAACGACUUGAGUGGAGAAGAAGUGUCAACCAAGCAACAGAAAAGGAGCGAGAACGUCGCAUAGAUGAGGAACGCGAGGAAGGACGGGUGAAUGGAUGUGGACUGUCGUUCGGGAAUCUGCAAAGGCUAUACGAAGAGCAGACAGCAAUGAUGCAGGUCGUUUUGCAUGACGAGAUUCUGGACUUUUAUGAUCAUCAUCAGCGGGAAGCGCUAAAGAAGCGUCUGUGGAUACAGAAAGGUAUUGCAAUGGUGACGGAGGAGAUUGAACGGUUAUGGAAUCACUGCGUGCAAGUCGAGCAGUACGGGUCUCUUGCUACGGGAUUGCACGAGGAAGCAAGUGAUGUGGACCUUGUCGUCUUUGGGGCAACGGAGGAGUUCAAUUGCACCGGUCAACAGUGCGUAAAGGCUUUGGCAGAUCGUUUUCGUGAGCUCAGUGCGUUUUCGGGUGUGAGCGCCAUCACUCGCGCACCAAUUCCGCUCUUGAAAGUGGUGGUCCUAGUUUCAGGUGACAACCUAGAGGCAACGGAAGGCAAACACAUUGAGCGUGAUGGUGACGCGAUGUUGCGGAUUCCAUUCGAUAUCACGUUUGACGAGCCCCGUGGUAUUCACCACAAUGGUAUAGCAAGUGUCACAUUGGUGCAAGGCCUUGCGCGCGCAUUUUACAAACUGCGGGAAUUGACGCUUGUGCUGAAGUGUUUUCUGGUGAAGUGUGGGCUGAAUGAUCCGGCUGUCGGAGGCUUAUCAUCGUAUGGUUUGCUGCUUAUGGUUGUAUACGUGCUGCAAGAGCAAGGGGCUCUGAUAUUGUUGACCGAUGGACAAAGGCCCUCGCAAGGUUCUAUCGAUAGAGUCGAUAUCGAUGAACGGAAAGGAGGUGCUCGGUGUCCGAAUGCCCGCUGGAACUUGCGUUAUGAAUCGCAACGUCUAAAGGGGGAGGUCAUUGCUAAAGAAAUCAUCAGGCAAUGCUCGGCACGACAACAGCCACCGGACGCUGGAAAGGCCGCUUAA